AUGAUUGUGUCAGAUUUUAACAAACUUAUUAAUGAUUGUGCCAGCAGUUGGGCUGCUCCAGGCCAGCCAAGGAGAGAGAAAGCAGAGUCAGAAUGGAGAAAUUGGUUGGUCCUCAUGGCCACUUUUACAGACAGUUCACCAAUUUUGACUGAAAAAGAUGCCAAACAGAUUCUAAGAACUCAUCAUGAAGACAGAGAAGCUGGUUUCCCUAAUGAGCCAAUGAGGUAGUAUAUGCUUUACCUCCAGCACUUGGAGCCGAGAUCAGAAGAACAAUUCCUUGAGCACUGGUUGAAUCCAUAUUGCCUCUCACACUGCAACGGGGAUUUAGUGCAUCCAAUCUAAUGGUGCUGCCUACUCCACAACUGAUCUCUUCACGGGCACUGAAGAGGACAAACAGUGUGAUUGUGUUAAGAAGGAGAAGAUUAUUCCUGCAUUGGCUACGUGCUCAUUGUAGAGCUGAACCUCUUUGCAAUACAGAGCAAUCCUAGUGACAC